AUGUUAUUUAAACAGGUCACAGAAGCCGACGUUCGUCAGGUUUUGAAUGACAGAAUCAGUAAGCUCAGAGAAACACAGCACCCGUCGGUUCCAAAAGCUUUGGCAAUUCCGUAUGAGAGUGCAUACGACAGAGACUUUGAGAUUCCAAAAUUUCAGUUGCCAGACGAAGGAAUUCAGGCAAGAGAUGCAUACCGUUUAAUUCACGACGAAUUGGAUUUUGAUGGUCAGCCAACUUUAAAUCUGGCAACAUUUGUACACACUUUCAUGGAGGAUGAGGUUACACAACUGAUGAUGGAAAAUGUGAAUAAAAAUCUUGCUGACGCCGAUGAGUAUCCGGCCCUUGUAGACAUUCAUGCUCGCUGUGUUUCCAUGAUCGCAAAUCUAUGGAACGCACCACUAAUUAAUGGAAAGAGCACUGGCUUUGGAACAUCUACUAUUGGCAGCAGUGAAGCUGUCAUAUUGGGUGGUUUGGUUAUGAAAAAACAAUGGCAGUUAAAACGCAAAAGCAAAGGUCUCGAUUUCUCCAAGCCUAACAUCAUUAUGGGAGCCAAUGCUCAAGUGGCAUUGGAAAAGUUUGCCCGUUAUUUUGACGUGGAAGCUCGCAUGGUUCCCGUUAACGAAAAAUCCCGACAUUGCCUCGAUAUUACUCAGCUUGAAAGUCAGGUGGACGAAAACACGAUUGGCGUGUUUGUGAUUCUCGGCAGUACAUACACAGGAAAUUUCGAAAAUGUAAAGGAAGUUUCGAAAAAACUUGAUGAAAUACAAGCAAAGACUGGCUUAGAUGUCCCUAUUCAUGUAGACGCUGCUAGCGGAGGCAUGAUCGCACCUUUCGCCUUUCCUGAUUUGGAAUGGGAUUUCCGUGUUCCAAGAGUGAAGUCUAUCAAUACGUCAGGACACAAGUAUGGUAUGGUGUAUCCGGGUUUGGGUUUCAUUAUUUGGCGCUCUCGCGAAUGGGUUCCUGAUGACUUAAUCUUCAAGCUUCAUUACCUCGGCGGAACUGAACUUACAUACACGCUGAACUUCUCACGGCCAGGAUCGCAAGUCAUUGCGCAGUACUAUAACUUUAUCCGUUACGGCUUCCAGGGUUACAAGCAGGUGGCAGAAACAGAUCUGUUUCAUGCUCGUCUUCUAAGCUUUUGUUUGGAGGCCAGCGGUUACUUCCGCUGUUUAAGCGACAUUCACCGUCAGCGAGGCUCGUAUGCCUUUGAUCCCAGUAAAGCAGUAUACUCGAAAGCAACCGAGUUUUAUAAUGCCGGAUUACCUGUUGUCAGUUUUUGUUUAAUUGACGAUUAUAAAAAGGAGCAUCCCUAUGUUCGACAAGACGAUAUUUCAAGAUUACUGCGUAUGAAAGGUUGGAUUGUUCCAAACUAUCCAUUACCACCGAAUGAAAACAAGACCGAGAUCUUGCGUGUGGUGGUACGAAACACACUUUCUCGCAAUCUUGUCGACAGACUCGUUCACGAUAUUCUUGAUGCGGUUGAGUACCUUGAAAAGGAAGCCGAUGAGAAGGCAUUUAUUCAUCCUCAAAUAUCAGUCUCUGCUGAGAAACAGCAUUCUUCCCUUGGAGCAAUUGGCGGCAAUAACGAUCCAGAGCAUCGCUCCGGUGCAAAGGGUGCAUUUUCUUAUACUUGUUGA